AUGGACCCAGCUAGCCUUGCGUUCGGCGUCAUCGCCAUCUUCAAAGACACGUAUCUUACAGCUAAGUUCAUCGAGACCACCAUCAAGACCAUCAAGAUCUACCACGAUGAACAGUCUCGGAUGGUGAUGCAUUUCACCGUUCAGAUUUACCGCCUCAAGAACUUGUCGAGGCUGUUUCGGGCUGCCGACGGCAACAGCGUCGACAUGACGCUAUUGGAGACGGUUCCGGAUGAGUACCUAAAUCUGGUGCGCAGCGUCCUUGGACAGCUUCAACAGGUUCUGGCCGAGUACGCCAAGCUUGCGGCCACGUUAGACGAGGACUAUAAGAGAUUCUCCCCCCUCAGUCCGCAUUUCAAGUUUGAUCCAGUCAAGGACUCGCUCAAGAUUGACGAUGCCAGCAACACUGGGAAGAUCGAGGAACCAGCGGAUGGCGGGGACGGCAAGAGCGACAAUCCGGUUCCUGUCAAAUCGAAGUGGUGGCCAUUCCGUGGUUUUGGAUUGGGCAACUCCAAAGGCGCAAAGUCGCCCAAGAAGCUGACGUCCCUGAAGAACUUACCACCAGGACUUCAGUGGGUGUUCACGAAAGGUGAGUUGGAGCAGACGCUGAAGAAGUUCGAGGAGUGGAACAGGGACCUUGAGUACCUAAUUGCACCACUGCUCGACGGCUUUGGCUUCUAUGGCAACGCGGAUCUCCGGGAGCGGCUCCGGCCUGAUGGCGAUGGGAAGACCGAGGUGAACCUCUUCCAAGGCCACGUCGACCUGAAUAUGCUUGCUGCCGACCCAGGCGGCAAGUCAGGAGACGCCAGAGCUUCCAAAGAAAACUUCAUUUCGUGCCGAGAGGCCGAGGCCAAGGCUGCCCAGCCUAGAAUCCUCGUUGAGUUCAAAAAGAUGGCCGACAAGGGCGACACCCGCCUCGACAACAUGGCCCAACCAGUCAAGGAGCUAUACGGCCCACAGCUGGCACGACUCCUUCACACGGCCGGCAAUUAUUCCUUCAGGACGCUGCCCUUCAACUCAUAUUCUUGGGACGCCAAAGAGACCCAGUACACGUUUCUGUUCGACUACCCACCCGGCACAUCGGAUCUCAAGCCAAAGAGCCUAAACGACUUCAUGUUGUCCAGCAGUAAUGAGUCAUACUACAAAUUGGAACUCAAACAACGCUUCCAUGUGGCACAGACAGUCGCGCGUGCCAUCGGCGCUUUCCACUCAGAUGGAUGGCUACACAAGAGCAUCCGCUCCCACGCCAUCAAGUUCUUCUUCCUUGAAGACGAUGACAAAUGCGACUUUGCAAACCCUUACCUGACCGACUUUGAGUUCUCGCGACCUGUUGCCGGUAUGACGCGCCUCGCACCGGGCGCCGUUGAUGUCGACCAUGAGGUGUACCGCCACCCGGACCGCCACGGGUCGCCAAGCACGAACUUCAACAUGACCCACGACAUUUACUCGUUGGGCGUGGUGCUACUUGAGAUUGGGCUGUGGCAGACAGCAAGACAGAUCUAUGACGAUAUAGUCAAGUACGAGUUAGGUGGUGACGCGGCCAAGGUAACGGCGCUGACGAUUAAGAAUGCCUUCUUACAGGAUGCGAAGGAGAGACUGGCGCAUCGGAUGGGGUCAGCGUAUCAGGAGGCGGUGGUUGCAUGCCUAGACGACGAUUGGGAGGAGUUGGUGGGCAGCCGUGACUUUGCGAAUGAGUUUCAGAGAAGGGUUGUCCAGAAGGUCGACAUCAGGGCCUUCAUCGGAUGA